CGGUUUACUGUCUUUGUUUGUCCGGAGCUGUUUUGGCUUCAGACGAACCAGAGACUCGAACCGAAGAGACGGACCUGCGCUGCUUGCUGUAACGAUUGCGUUAUUCAUUAGUGUAUAACAGAUUAAUAACCGGGACCGAGAUGCCGUCCGACAGACCCUUCAAACAAAGGAGGACAUUUGCUGACCGGUGCAAAGAGGUCCAGCAGAUCCGUGAGCAGCACCCCAACAAGAUCCCCGUGAUCAUUGAACGGUAUAAGGGAGAGAAACAGCUGCCCGUUUUGGACAAGACCAAGUUCCUGGUACCGGACCACGUCAACAUGAGCGAGCUGGUCAAAAUCAUCAGGCGCCGGCUGCAGCUGAACCCCACGCAGGCCUUCUUCCUGCUGGUCAACCAGCACAGCAUGGUGUCGGUGUCUACGCCCAUCUCUGAGAUCUACGAGCAGGAGAGAGACGAGGACGGCUUCCUCUACAUGGUCUACGCCUCGCAGGAGACCUUCGGCCGCUGCUAGGGAGGGAGAGCGGGGACGUCCUCGGGUGCUGUGAGAGAAGAAAGGCGGAUGACCAGAAACUCCGCCUCCACCCUCUCGAGCAGCAGCGCCUCUUCUCCCCCACCCCCCUCUCUUUCUCUCUGUCGUAGUCGAGCACCUUCUUCACUUUGGUCAGUCAGUAGCUCCGAAAUCCAGAGAAUAUCCUGUGUCUCCGUCAAAAAAAUCAGAUCGGAUUUUCCUCCCUUCUUCUGUUGGCCCCGCACAGGCUGAGUUCUCUUAUUUUGAAAGGGUGACACAAACCGACUAGUGAUUAUGAAGUUUUUAAACGAUGUCUCGAUGAUGCGUGAUUGAUUAACCGAUUGGUUUUUCCUCCGUGACACUACACACGUAUCAAACUUGAAACCAGGCAGGCGGAGGUCAGGGUGUAGCCUGAAGGAGUCAAAGCUUAUCAGUGCAUCAGCAGAUGUGAAAGCUAAAAGAUUAGAGUCUGAGAAAUUUCAUUUUUUCCUGUUUAAACUCAUUUUGAAUCGUUUUUUUUGUUGUUUGAAACCUAGUUUAGUUUGUGUUUGUAGCUCCGACUUUGUUUCCUGUCAGCCGAAGCUCAGCGCGCGCCGCCCUGCCGCUGGCCAACCAUCGGCUGACAAUCGGGCUCAAAAUUACUGUGAUCCUCAUCGAGCUGUUAGCAUUUACAGUAAUUUUCCAUGUGCAAUAUUUCUCCUGACACUAACGCUGAAAAACACUCGCCGUUCAUAUCGUCUGUCUUCAUUCACGACCCCGUAAGCACAACGGCGCGAGGUCACGAAGACACUCAGUAGGGUUUGUUUGACGGGAGGGACGACAUGACGGGAGGCUUUUAUGCUUUUAUUUUGACAAGCUGAGGCGCUGCACUGCGGCGGCCGGCGGCGCCUCCUCCCUGUAAGAACACCACGGUAGCAUUCACAUAAUAAAUGUAUUUAAUGUAGGAUCUGAAUGAGCUUCUUUUGCACAUCGAUUAAUACAAAUAUAUAAAAAAAGACUUGGUGUAGGUUUUUUUAGUAAUUGCUGUAUAACAACUCUCUUUUUGUAUCUGCUCCUCGUUUCCGUCUUUAACAGGAAUUCACAGACAAAAAAAGGUCUGCACUACAAACCUGCAUGUUUAUUUUCCUUUUUUUAUAAAUGUUUGUUGAUUUUAAGCUCUGGAUGUGAUUGUAUUGUUUCAGUUUAGUCCUUUUUGAUGUCUCCCAAACCAAAAACUGAAAGUAAGUGAAAAUAUGUUUGAAACUGAAAAAAAAAAGACCCGUGUUCAUAUAAACGAUCGUAUAUUCGAGCUGUAUUACAGAGUGUGUGUUUCUUUAGGCUUUCUGACGUUGUCACUGUACUGAGGGUGUACAUAGAUGCGUUGCUACAACCUAAUUCAAAUUGUUUGCCAAUAAAUAAAUAAAAAGUUGCCUUUAAAAUGA